AUGGAAGUAAUUUGCAAAAAUAGUUAUAAUUAUCUUUUGCUGGGGCAUUGUUUGAAUGAAAAACCUAUUUUACUUACCCCCUCAUCUUCAUUAUACUUUCGCUUACAUAAAUCGAAUAAUUGCCCAUUCGACUGCAGGCAUCCAGAGGGAAACGGACCUCAAGAUCUACAUGUAUUGAGUGAGUGUGAAAGAACCAAGAGCUGGACAAUGGGACUGCCGAAUGCAGUAUUGAUAGUAGACAAGAAGAGAAAUAAAGAAUUGGGAAGAGUUGUUGGUGGCGUUAAAAUUGGAGUGGCAAAUUUUGUGCAUACUGCGAACAACUCAGGAGCGGUUCAAACAUUCUUCAAAGUGCGAUUUGGACAUGCACUUGACUUAUUGCUUCAUUGA